AUGAGUGCUGUGUCGGAGAAGGGACCAACAGAGCCGGGUGCUGAUCCCCUCAACUUCAUCUACGCCUGCUCGGUGUGUUGCGCCUCCUUCGCCGAUGUCUACGAAGGCCACAACGAGACAGUCCGUGGCCUGUCAGAUGGUAUCAACCCCAAAGAGCGCCUUGUGACGCGCCUGUUCCUCGCCACCGGACAGCGACCCAACGCACCCUGCCCCGUUUGUAUCAAGGAGAAAGGCGACAGUGAGCCGCGCGAUCUCUUCUCGAUACGCGGCUUCAAGAAAGAUGAAUACGAUCCAAAUAUUCCGCUCGCAUGGUUCACCGCGCCUCCCAUCCGCCUCGAUGGUAGCGGAAAAGAGAUGGAGGCACUGCGCUUCCAGUAUAUUGCGCUUAUUCGAUACUGCCAGAACACCUAUGCGACCCGCAAGCCCCUUCAAGAAGCCUUAACCAAUAUGGAGAAGGAACUGGCUAGUGUGCAGGAUCUUGCCUCCAAGGAACACGCGAAAGUCAUUACACUCCAGCAAGAGAACGAGCGACUACGACUGCAGAAGGAUCAGUUUCAAGCCAUGAAAGCUGAGGUUCAGCGACUCCAGGGUCUCGAUGAAGAGGUUGCGCAUUUUCGCGAUGUCAACCCAAAGGACCUCGCAACAUUCCUGGCAAACAAGUCAGCAAUUCGCCAUUACUUGAAGCUUGUGCCUAUGCUAGUCGAGUAG